AUGUCCACCUCGCGCAAGCGCCCUCGCGCCGAGGUCGAGGAAAACAAGGCCGAAUGCCCCUUCAGCAUCACCUACGCCGAACCCGACAUCAAGGCACAGAAGAAAUCCAAGAAGAGGAGGAAACCAGAGCAAGAAGAGGAAGAUGGGAAGAAGAGCUCCAAGCAACUCUCUCCCUUCUCCCCUUCCGGCGACUUCAACGGCAAGAGCGCUAACGAUGUUCUGGACUUGGAAUACCAUGUGCAUCCGCAGAAGAAGUGGUUGGAGAUGACACGAUACAAUAGCUUCGUCCUAAACGGGACGAAGUAUUUCAGUGAGGGCUUUAUCUACGUCGCAAACGACCAGACAGUCCAACGCCAAAAGGCCGCAGCGGAAGGCUCGACAGAUGCCAACGAGCCUGAGAAGGUCCUGAAGCGGUCCAAGUCCGAAGACGACUGGGUAGCGCGCAUUCUGGAGAUCCGCGCUAGUGAUGAACACCACGUCUAUGCGCGCAUAUACUGGAUGUACUGGCCGGAGGAGCUGCCGGAGGGCACGAUGGAAGGAAAGAGAUACACGGGAGGUCGUCAGCCGUACCACGGCCACAACGAGCUGAUUGCUUCCAACCACAUGGACAUCAUCAACGUCGUUAGUGUGACAUUGCCCGCCACCGUCAAGCAAUGGAUUGAAGAGAACGACGACGAGAUUCAGGAGGCCCUCUAUUGGCGUCAGGCCUUUGACUGUCGCACCCAGCAGCUCUCGUCAGUUGAACGCACCUGCAAAUGCCGACAGCCCGCCAACCCGGAUAAGACCCUCGUCGGGUGCUCCAACAAGGAAUGCGGAAAGUGGCUACACGAACACUGUCUUCGAGAGGAAACCCUGAUGCGAACAUACGAGCGACUUGGCAAGGACAAGCCCCACUUCACCGCGAAACCCCCGACAGACGGAACAGCGUCGGUCGCUGAGAGCGACAAGGUCAAGGAAGAAAAGCCGCUCGAUGACGGUGUAAACGAACCCCUCAGCCCUACCGAGAGCGGUGCCGACGUGAAGCAAACAAUCGAUGCCAAGCCGAGCGAUGCGCUAGAAGAGAUCAAUGGGCAGUCAGUAACCGAGGGAACGCCUGCCGUUGUCGAUGAGCACGUUUCGCAACCACCUACAACUCCUGCCACACCAACCGUACCCGAGGUGUCGGCAGCGGCGUCGUCACGCAAGGUGAGAUCCUUCAAGAAGAAGCCGUCUUCCGCCGACGCAAAGCCGUGGGAGGGCUUGUUCGAGGCGAGGAUCUUGAUGGACAUGACCCCAUCGACGAUUAAAAUCAGGGAUCUUCGAGAGAACGUCACUGAAGGCGAGAAGGUGUGGACUGAGCCGCUGCUCUGCGUCGUUUGCGGAGGGUCAUUUCACAAACCGCCAACGCGACGAUGGGGUGCCGAGCUUCACUUCUCGAUGUACUUAUUCCAGCAGGCACUUUAUUCAACACACCGGAGCGGUGACUUAGGAAGUGCUGCUGUUUUGCUUAUGACGAUUUCCAAUAUGAUUGGGGUUCGGGAUGAGGGAGGACAGGUCUGGGCAGGCGGGGCGAGACCUGGACAGCUGAAGGCGAGUCUCAAGGAAGAAGACUGGUUAUUCGGGUGUGGCUGGAGUUGGCAUAAGGAAUUGGUCUUGGUGUAUUCUCAAGAGACAGACAGAAGGACGCCAACAAAAGGGGACGCAAAAGGCGAACAAGGCCAGCAGAGCGGCCAAUUUGGAGACCAGAGUCUUGCGAGCACCAUUGUCAUGAUUGAUGAGACUUGCUCGAUUGACCAGAGACGUCUCAUGUGGUGGUUCACUGUGAUUAUUGCCGUUCAACACCGAGAGCUCCAAGAGCUCCGGCGGCAGUGGAGAGCUGCGCUGACUCGAGAGGUAGCAAUAGCUCCAAGAACUCACUCCCUUUCUCCGUGCCUCUUUAACAUGCCCGAGGUGGUAGGUGCAGCCCAGAACUCCCGGUCCUGGGGAAUCCAAUCGACACCGCCACCCUUUCAUCGCCAACGACUCCGAAGAAGCUCAAACACAACCUCCUCCAGCGAUAGACACACAUACAAAGAGCCCAUCAUGGCCUCCGUCGACCCCUUCGACUCGGCUCUCGACCUCCUCCGCCGCCUGAACCCGAAACACACGACCGACCACCUGAACGCAAUCAUUUCCCUCGCACCGGAUCUGACGGAGGACCUUCUCUCGUCCGUCGACCAACCCCUGACCGUCAAGCGCUGCAAGCAGACGGGCCGCGACUACCUCCUCUGCGACUACAACCGCGACGGCGACAGCUACCGCUCCCCAUGGAGCAACCAGUUCGACCCGCCUCUGGACGAGGGCGGCGUCGGCGGCGUCGGUGCCGGCGGUAGCGAGGGCGCCGGCGAAGGCGCGAUCCCGAGCGAGAGGGUCCGCAAGAUGGAGGUCAAGGCCAAUGAGGCGUUUGACGUGUACCGAGAUCUGUACUACGAGGGUGGUGUGAGCAGCGUAUACUUUUGGAACCUGGACGAUGGAUUCGCCGGCGUGGUUCUCUUGAAGAAAUCCGCGACCCCCGGCGGAAGCGCAGAGGGCGUAUGGGACUCGAUCCACGUUUUCGAGGCCAUUGAGCGCGGCCGCACGACGCAGUACAAGCUCACCUCGACCGUCAUCCUCUCGCUCUCCACCUCGACCAACGCCCUGGGCGACAUGGACCUCAGCGGCAACAUGACGCGGCAGGUUGAGCAGGAGCUCCCCGUCGACGGCGACGAGAGCCACAUUGCCAACGUGGGACGGCUCGUCGAGGACAUGGAGCUCAAGAUGCGUAACCUGCUGCAGGAGGUCUACUUUGGCAAGGCCAAGGACGUCGUCGGCGACCUGCGGAGCGUGGGCAGCCUUAGCGGGGCUGGUAGGGACCGCGCGGCGCAGAGGGAGAUUAUCGGGAGCAUGCAGAACACGGGUGUGGCGCCGGAUGUCGAGAUCGGGUUGUACGGCUUGGCAUUUUCCAAGCCGGGCUUUUCAAUAUCCCCCAAGAUCGAGUUUCACUGUUUUGCGUCGUUGGCGUCGGUGGAGGAGAAAAAGGAAACGAUCGCGCGCGCCUACAUCUCUUGUCUUGAAUCUCUAGAUCCCUUGACAGAUGCAUUUUUUUUCUUGCUCCGGCAGCAGGGCUCGUCCCUUUGCCUGGUUCGGUUUUUGACGUGUAUGGGUUUGGGGGAGAGAAGUUUGUCUCCGAUGUUCGGCACGAUUUGCGUUCGACAAGGCUCUGUUGGAUCUCUGUAUCACUGUGGCGCUUGGAUGGACCAUCACACCGGCUUCAAGACUUUUCGUCUCUUUGCCCUCUUUAUGGUAUACGCAAGUAUACAAGUCCUCGGUUUUCGGAUAUGGUUUCUUCUGCAUAGAGACAUGCGUUGUAGACUCUGGACAUAUUUUCGGUCCAUGUUGCGCGGCACCAGCACCGAUUCGGCGCGUGUAGAGGUCAUCGUGGCCAUGUAUUCAUGCGAAGACCUCAAUCACCAGUUAAGGGUUUCUUCCUGGCCCCCUAGCAGCCAUAAAGAAGAGAACCGGCUUCGUGAGCGGGACUUGGUCGGCAUCAGCUCAAAUCACAGCUCGGCACCGAGUGGACGCAAUUCUUUCGGCAAGAUCUUCCAGCCUGCUCUAGUUCUGGCAGUCCUCGAUCCUCAGCUAUACUCUCACUUUUCAAGCGCCCCGCGAGGAUCAAGAGACAAUCUUCGGAUAGGUAACUGUUCCCUUGGCUAUGCCCGCAAACCUGGAAGCCGAAUUCGUUUUACACAGAAGCCAGUCAGAGACUUGCCGAAGUAA